UUGGAUUCUUAACAAAAGUUAAGAAACUGUUUCUUAACUUUUAACUAAAAAAGUUAAGAACUGGUUCUUAAAUUUUUAUUUAAAAGUUAAAAGUUAAAAAACGGUUUCUUAAUUUCUGGUAAUAAUCUCAUCCUAAUCUAAGAUGUUCUUACGAUUUACAACACUGUACUUUUAAAAAAAAACUUUACUAUCUUUAAGCCCUUUUUCAAAAAAAAAAAAAAUUUACCAUCUUUGAACGAUCCAAAAGUCUAUAACAAAACAAAGGAUGAUACCAACCGGGGGAUCCCCACUAACCGGUAUUAUAACAAAAGUGUCCGUAAUUAUUUUUUAUUUUUUAAAGUGUCGGUGAUUUUUCUUUUUGGUUUUGGAUUAAAACUUGAAACCCCCUCUAGAUAAGUCAGAAGGUUUAAAAGUAAAAGGAAAUAAAUACAAACCAAACCUCAUCGAUCUCGCGUUCCUCUUCUCCGACUUCGACUUCAGCCUCUGUUCGUCCAGGGUUCUUCUCAUCGACAAUGCAGAAGCUUGACCUAAUUAGGGAGAAUAUAUACCUCGGCGAUAUUUGUGCCGCUGCUGAAGUUCUCAAGAAUGGUAGCUCCGAAAUUUCGCACGUUCUUACAGUUUUACACUGCCCUUCCAUAUCUGUGUUCGAGGAAUGGCGCAACGUGAGACUAGACUCAAAAGAAAUCAAGGAAGUUUAUGUUGGUGAUGAUGAUCAUCAAGGCAGAGAGUUUGCGACAGAGAGUGCGUUGCCAUCUGGGAAUCUUCUAUAUUCACUUGAACAUACUGGCAAAGAUCUCAAGUUUACUAGAAUGGCUGUGUUUGCCUACGAUCAAGAAUGGGAGAAUUUGCUUGAUUUUUUCGAUAUUUGCUUGGAUUUUAUUGAUGCUGGCCGCAAAGAGAAAGGUGUUUUAGUUCAUUGCUUUGCAGGAGAAUCUCGAAGUGCUUCUAUGGUCAUUGCGUAUCUAAUGAGGACCGAAAAGCUUUCUUGUCAAGAUGCGUUGGCAUCACUGAAGCAAAGUGCUCACGCUAGACCCAAUCUUGGCUUCUUAAAACAGUUGGAUUUGUUUGAAAGAAUGAACUUCAAAGUUGACCGUUCCAGCCCUAUUUACAAGCAUUUCCGUCUAAAAACUUUAGGUUAUUUAUACAGCAAAGAUAAGAGAUUUGACAAACUAAAGUUAAGGGCUGAUCCGGGAAUGUCAAAUGAGGGUAGUGGUAGUACGUACCAGUGCAAGAAAUGCAAAAAUGUUUUGUUGUUUCAGGAGCAAGUCAUUGAUCACACUCCUGGUGAAGCUGAUUUGGAGCUUGAUGACAUGUUUAAAAACAUGAUGGGAGAAGUUCACAACAAGAAUCCCGGUGAUCAGAAAAAAUGUACUUCUAGUUUCGUAGAACCUCUCAAUUGGAUGCAUGAAGCUGUAGAAGAUGAUCUGCCUGAAGGAAAGUUACUGUGUCCUAAGUGUAAAGCGAGACUUGGAAGCUUUGACUGGUUAGGAAGUUUUUGUAGCUGCGGAAGCAAGAUUGUUCCGGCGUUUCAACUUCAGAUGAGCCGUGUGGAUUUUAUCCCUGUGAAAGCUGACGUGAAGAAGAAGAAGAAGAAUAUGAAGCAUGAGAAGAAAAUAGUCUAGAAUGUUGGAGGAGAAAGCGCACUUCAAUGCGCUGAUGAUUUUAUUGGAGUUUGUAUUAGAACUUAGGGAUGAUGACUGUAACAAAAAUUAAAAUAAAGAAGACAGGAUGAUUGAUAUAAAAUUGUAUAGUUCUCGUAAGUGUGUUUUAACUUUUUUGCUUAA